CCCCCGAUGCAUUCCAGUUAACGAUGCUUUCAUUCUUGAUCACAGAGGUUACAAAACUAACAGAAAGUGAAAUCGCACAAACCACGUGAGCUUCUUUCUUGGUGUGGAGCGACGCCUCAGAGCUCGCAGUGAAAUUGUGAAGCCGAUCCUUUCCUGCGCAGCCUGCGGGUUCAAACUGGCUGAGAUGAAACAGCAAGUUUGUUAUUAUGCUUACUACUAGCUGCCGCGCAGGGACUGGGCUAUACAGUGCGCUGGGAGGGACUGGGAGAGAUUAGACAAGGAUGAAGACGUAUGACCUAAGAAGUAGCCGUACAUGACUUUGUCAUUUACUGUGUAUAUUAACAUAGAGCAUCGGUGUUCCGACUGGAAAAGAAAGUGUAACCCAAUCUCUCUUCACUUCUCGUUGGGUACGACGGUCUGGAAGAAGAAUGGGCCAAUCACAGGGAAAGAAGGAAAGCUACGCAGGGAAGCCGGAAGGAACGGUAAGCCUGGCAGUAUGCAGUCCCUGUUCAGUGAAGUGCCAGUGUUUCUGCUUGAGGAGAUCCUGGUGCAAGUGCCAGCCUUGGACCUGGUCCAUCGCUGCCGGCUGGUGAGCUCGCUGUGGCGUGACGUGGUGGACAGCGCCUCCCUGUGGAAGAGGAAAUGCGAGAGGGAGGGGCUACGACCAAGAGACCCCGCAUCCUCCCAGGCGGACUGGAGAAUCUUCUACUUCCUGAGCCAGUGGAGGAGGAACCUGCUGAGCAACCCGCGAGCUGAGGAGGGUUUUAACAACUGGACACUGUGCACAAACGGAGGCAACAAGUGGAAAAUUGAACCCGUUGACCUGCAACAUGCCCUCCCUGAUGAAACCGUCCAGAAGUACUUUGUCACGUCGUUCUCUACCUGCAUGAAGUCCCAGAUCAUUGAUCUGUGGAAGGAAGGAUACUCAGACCACAUGCUUAAUGAGAUUCAGCCUGACAUCGUCUGCAGCGACUGGUACGCUCCACGCUGGGACUGUGGCUCAAAGUACGAAGUCUGCAUCCAGCUGCUCUCUGCAAAACAGAAAGUGAUCCAGCAAUUCAAACCCGAGCCUGUCAUCUUCCCGCAGUGGAACGACAUGGAGUGGAAGCAGAUGACACACGUGUUCAGUGGCUAUGGGCGUGGGGUGCGCUUUGUGAAGUUCAGCCAUGGAGGCAGCGACACACAGUUCUGGGCAGGCUGGUAUGGGAUCCGAGUCACAGACAGCAGUGUGAUGGUGGAGGCUGAGCACAGAGCGAGGCAGUGAGGCACGGGACAGCCUCCCUGCAGAGGCACCUGGCCGGACAAACACAGCAAGAAGUGACACCUGAUUGCACCUGUCGACUGCACAAGAAAAACAGUCGGCUACUAGUCCCAUAAUACAGGACUCCCCUUCCUUAAACUGGCCACAGCCAUCAUUCCAGCACAGUUUUAUAGGAAUGUUCCAGGAUCACGGGAAUCUUGACUGCACAGACAGGGUAGAAAGAAUGAAUCAGUCAGCUGUACUUGGUCACUAAGGGUUACCAGCUUGCUGUCCAGUGAGUCUCUUGUUCAGCUUCCAUGCAAGGUGCUUUAGACUUCGCUGGCUCUUCAUUGGGUUACACCAUGAAUAGGAUAUGAGAGUGGACAGUGAAAUGAAGGCAAUGCACAGACGGCAGCUCACUGAAGCAACGCUACAAACCCUGGUGCAGCACAGGGAGUGCCUGGAAUAAACACAGGAAACUGAACGCUCCAGGCAUUUUUACUCUGAGUAAAGCAGCUAGUAUCCCAGCAUUCCUGGGAUCAUUAGCCUCUCAUCCAGUCAGGAACCUCUGAGUGGUUUUGUUUUUCUCGGUAUGGUCACCAUCCCAAAGAAACCAUCUUUUUAAAGUAAUGUCGGAACAGGAGGUGACCUCACUCCGAUCACAUUGAAGACAGCAGAAACAUUUGCAAUUUUAUGAAUUUUCUUGUAGUGUUUGUUUUAUCCGUCUGUCAUCAUGAGUAUGUGUUCUGUGUAUACAAAUUAAAAUAUAUAACGCUGCAA